AUGGCCUUGUACAACCAAACCGUGGAUUUCCUCUCCGAAACCUUCUCGAACAACCGGACCCAUCUUCCCAUCCUGGCUACCGCUGGAGCCUCAUUUACACUUGGCUUGCUUGCUCGAUCGCUUCUCCCCCAAAAGGAACCCCUCCCUCUCCUCGUCUCGCCUCGAACAACAGUUCUACCCGAGAUAUCCGAGUCAAAGAAUCACGAGCUGCCACUCCCGCCUGAUGUUCUCCCCGGUGCACGCGAUGUCGAUAGUCCAUAUGGGUCGAUGCGAGUAUACGAAUGGGGCCCCGAAGAUGGACCUAAAGUGUUAUUCGUGCACGGCAUAACCACGCCGUGUAUUGCGCUCGGCGGGUUGGCCCAUGCGCUGGUCGAUCGCGGCUGUCGUGUGAUGUUAUUCGAUCUGUUCGGACGAGGAUAUUCCGACUGCCCAGCGGAUCUGCCACAGGACAUCCGCUUGUUCUCGACACAAAUCCUGCUCGCUUUGGCAUCAUCGCCUAUUUCUUGGACAGGUGCUGAGUCAGGUAAAUUCUGUCUUGUUGGAUACUCUCUGGGCGGCGGUAUUGCCGCUGGCUUUGCGUCCUAUCUUCCUCAGCUCACUUCGUCGGUGGUGCUCCUGGCGCCCUCGGGCUUGAUCCGCGACUCGCAGAUCAGUUUCCAGACUAGACUUCUCUACUCCAAGGGACUUGUACCGGAGAAUAUUCUAGGAUAUCUGGUUAGUCGUCGAUUGAAAGCUGGUCCGUUGGUCACUCCCAAAUUCAAGAGCCCCAAGCUCAAUGCCUCGUCUGCGCUGACGGAGGAACUGCCUUCGCAAAACGCUGCGGACGUCCAAAUAUUGUCUCGGAAAUACCCCGAUAUCAGUGUUCCGUCUGCAGUGGCGUGGCAGGUAAAUCAUCAUACAGGGUUUGUGCACGCGUUCAUGUCUAGCAUGCGUUAUGGUCCAAUCCUGCGAGAACGCCAAUGGAACACUUGGGCUCGUCUGGGCGAGUAUCUGACCGCACAGAACAAUGCUACCAGUAGCGGAGAGAGGAAGCCAUCAGACAACAAAGUGCACAUUCUGUGCGGCAACACAGAUUCGAUCAUUGUCAAGAGUGAGCUUGUUCCAGAUGCCACGGCUGCCCUGGGUGGUAAUGUUGUCUUCAAAUUCUACGAAGCGGGACAUGAGUUCCCUAGUACCAAGUACGAGGAAGUUGCAGCUUACAUUGCUGAGCUUUUGUGA